GGCUUCGUGCUUUCAAUUAGCGAUUUAUAUUUGUAACAUUUCUCCGCAACAAGCUAUCAUAACUUAUAUAUAUAUAUAUAAGAUGACUCGCUCUUUACUUGUUCUUUUGACAUAUGAUGAUCUGGAAUGUGGUGGCGCAGCAGACGCACUAGUUGAGCAUCUUAAGUGCGCCGCAGUACCUCUUGAAGAACAGUGCAAGCUUUCUGUAGAACCACUUCCGAUAUACGAGGGUGGUCCUCACCAGGUUACCCUUAGAGAUUCAUUGAAUAAACAUUCCGAUGAUAGAGAUGUUAGUAUAAUUGUCUUUUCUCUUUUAAAAGGAGAUCAGUCGGAGGAAUAUCUCAAUAUUAAAAAUUUAUGCAAUACUCUCAACUCGCAUGUGAUUCGAUGCGAGAUAUUAACCCACUUAGCGAAUUAUACUGACGUGGGGCUUAUUAUUCAAAACCUUGUUCGAUUAGUAAUGCACGAAAUAUCAACGGAAGUACCAAAUGGAGUUUAA